UCCUUUCUCUAUGUACCUAUAAUUCUGCUCUUGUAUGCAUUACAGAGUAUGGAGAGCAGAAGGAAAAGAAACAUGAAGGUUGAAACACCGUCUGUUGACCGUGUCACUCCAUUUUCAAAAGCCGGAUUCCUCAGUAGAAUGUCUUUUUGGUGGUUAAAUCCGUUGAUGAAAACGGGCCGGGCGAAAACUCUUGAGGAUGAAGAUAUGCCCAAACUGCGAGAGGCAGACGGAGCAGAAGAAUGUUACAGGCUGUUCUUGGAGCAGUUGAAUAAGCAGAAAAGAGCAAAACCAUCAAUUCUUAAGGCAUUAAUUUCAUGCCACUGGAAAGAAAUUUUCCUAUCUGGGUGCUUUGCUUUGUUAAAGGUUCUCGCAAUUUCUGCCGGUCCCCUACUUCUGAACGCCUUCAUAUUGGUUGCUGAGGGAAAAAAAUCAUUCAAGUACGAAGGACAUUUAUUGGCAAUCUCAUUUUUCUUGUCAAAGAGCAUAGAAUCCAUAUCUCAAAGACAAUGGUAUUUCCGAAGCAAGCUUACUGGACUGAAAGUGAGGUCAUUGCUCAUAGCAGCAAUUUAUAAGAAGCAACUGAGAUUAUCCAACUCUGCUAGAUUGGUGCACUCAAGUGGUGAGAUAAUGAACUAUGUUACUUUAGAUGCUUAUAGGAUUGGAGAGUUUCUAUUUUGGUUCCAUCAGAUUUGGACGACAAGUCUACAGCUAUGUCUUACAUUGGUGAUUGUUUUCCGUGCUGUGAAACUAGCUACAACCGCAGCAUUGGUGGUGAUAAUUCUAACUGUACUUUGCAAUAUCCCACUUGCUAAGUUACAACAUAAGUUUCAAUCCAAGCUAAUGGUGGCCCAAGAUGAGAGACUCAAGGCUAUUUCCGAGGCUCUGGUGAAUAUGAAGGUUUUAAAACUGUAUGCUUGGGAUACUCAUUUCAAGAAUGUAAUAGAGAAUUUAAGGAAGGUGGAGUGUAAAUGGUUAACUUCAGUGCAGUUGGAGAAAGGAUAUCAUAGCCUUCUCUUUUGGUCAACCCCUGUCUGGGUGUCUUCGACUACCUUUGUAACAUGUUAUUUCCUCAGAGUUCCCCUACAUGCAAAUAAUGUUUUCACCUUUGUAGCAACAUUUCGCCUUGUUCAGGAUCCAAUUGCAGUAAUUCCUGACGCUAUUGGGGUGUUCAUUCAAGCGAAGGUUUCAUUUGCACGCAUUGUAAGAUUCCUCGAGGCACCCGAGCUGCAGAGUGCAAAUACUAGGAAAAAUUGCGACACAGAGAGCGUGAAUCACUCCAUUUUUAUAAAGUCCGCCGAGUUCUCGUGGGGAGAGAAUUCAUCAAAGCCGACUCUGAGAAACAUAAAUCUGGAGGUUAGAGCUGGUGAAAAGGUGGCCAUAUGUGGUGAAGUUGGCUCGGGCAAAUCAACCCUACUGGAGGCAAUUCUUGGAGAAGUACCAAAGACGCAGGGAACUAUUGAAGUCUAUGGAAAGAUUUCCUAUGUUUCUCAAACAGCAUGGAUUCAGACGGGGACAAUACAGGAGAACAUUUUAUUUGGGUCUGCAAUGGAUAGUGAAAAAUACAGAGAAACACUAGAGAGGUGUUCGUUGGUUAAGGACCUCGAGUUGCUUCCCUUUGGGGAUCUCACUGAAAUAGGGGAGAGAGGAGUUAACUUGAGUGGUGGUCAGAAGCAACGCCUCCAACUUGCUCGUGCUCUCUAUCAGAAUGCUGAUAUAUUUCUCUUGGAUGAUCCGUUCAGUGCUUUGGACGCACAGACUGCCAUGAGUGUAUUUAAUGAAUACUAUUUGGGAGCGCUUUCUGGGAAGACGGUCUUACUUGUGACCCAUCAAGUUGAUUUUCUGCCUGCUUUUGAUUCUGUCUUGUUGCUGUUAGAUGGCGAAAUCCUACUAGAAGGUCCUUAUCAUCGGUUAGUGGCCUCAAGCAAAGAAUUUCUGGACUUUGUUAACGCACACAAAGAGACGGCGGGCUCUGAGAGACUUGCAGUAGGUUGUUCUAGCCAUAGAUGUGAAAUAUCAUCCAGAGAUAUUACAAAGACUUAUGUAGAGAAGCAAUCCAAAGACGAUAAUUGUGAUCAAUUGAUUAAGCAAGAAGAGAGAGAAAGAGGAGACACCGGCCUCAAACCUUACAGGCAAUAUCUAAAUCUUAAUAAAGGGUUCUUGUUCUUCUCCGUGGCAGCUCUCUUUCACCUUUUAUUUGCGAUUGGUCAGAUAUUACAGAACUCUUGGAUGGCUGCUAAAGUUGAUCAUCCCCACGUUAACCAAUUGAGAUUGGUCUUGGUUUACAUGUUGAUAGGAUUAGUCUCAAUACUUUUUUUAUUGGGUAGAAGUCUUUGUACUGUUGCUUUGGGUCUUAAAGCUUCAGAAACCUUGUUUUCACAGCUAUUAGACUCCUUUUUUCACGCGCCCAUGUCUUUCUACGACUCCACGCCUCUCGGAAGGAUACUUAGUCGGGUCUCUUCUGAUCUGAGUGAUACAGAUCUUGAUGUGCCUUUCAGCCUCAUCUUCUCUGUUUCCUCUUCCAUAAACACUUGUUCUGCUCUUGUAGUACUGGCCGUUGUAACCUGGCAAGUCUUGUUUGUCUCUAUACCAAUGAUUUAUCUCACAAUAAGAUUUCAGAGAUACUACCACGCCUCUGCAAAACAAUUGAAGCGGAUAAAUGGCACAACCAAGUCCUUAAUAGCAAGUCAUCUAGCUGAGUCUAUGGCAGGAGCCAUGACAGUGAGGGCUUUUGAGAAGGAAGAAGGGUUCUUUGCAAAGAAUUUUGACCUUAUAGACACAAAUGCUAGUCCUUAUUUCCACAGUUUUUCAGUAGAUGAGUGGCUGAUUCAAAGAACAGAAAUGGUCAGUGCUGCUGUUCUUGCCUCUGCAUCACUUUGCAUGGUUUUGCUUCCUCCCCGGACUUUCAGCUCUGGAUUUAUUGGGAUGGCGCUUUCUUAUGGUCUUUCCUUGAGCAACAACCUCGUUCGUACAAUUCAAAAGCAGUGCAGCAUAGCAAAUAACAUCAUUUCGGUAGAAAGGCUAAAUCAAUACAUGCAUAUUCCUAGUGAAGCCCCUACAAUAAUACAAGAGAGCCGCCCCUCACCCGAUUGGCCUGCUGUGGGUAAAGUGGAGAUUGAAGAUUUGCAGGUCAGAUAUAGGUCCACUGCACCUCUUGUUCUUUGUGGGAUAAGUUGCACAUUUGAAGGAGGGCACAAGAUUGGUAUUGUUGGCCGAACUGGCAGUGGGAAGAGUACUCUAAUAGGUGCUCUUUUUCGUCUGGUGGAGCCAGCUUCAGGGAAGAUUACAGUUGAUGGCAUUGACAUCUCUAAAAUUGGACUUCAUGAUCUGAGGUCACGUCUGGGAAUCAUACCUCAAGACCCGACUCUUUUUAAUGGGACUGUGAGAUACAAUUUGGAUCCCUUUUCACAACAUUCUGAUCAAGAAAUAUGGGAGGUUAUUGGAAAGUGCCAGCUACAAGAGUCUCUUCUGGAGAAAGGAAAAGGCCUAGAGUCCUUGGUUGUGGAACAUGGAUCGAAUUGGAGCGUGGGGCAGCGGCAACUUUUCUGUCUAGGACGUGUACUUCUAAGGCGAAGACGGUUAUUGAUGCUUGAUGAGGCGACUGCAUCAAUAGACAAUGCAACUGACAUGAUUCUGCAGAAAAUUAUUCGGACUGAAUUUGCAGAUCAUACUGUGAUCAUAGUGGCACAUAGGAUCCCGACUGUGAUGGAUUGUACGAUGAUUCUUGCCAUUAGUGAUGGAAAACUAGUGGAGUAUGAUGCACCAACGAAGUUAAUGAAGAGAGAAGAUUCGCUGUUCAGGCAGCUUGUGAAAGAGUACUGGUCGAGUUGUCAGUCUACAGAACCCCAUUAGAUAGAACAAUAGUUUCCCAUGCAGACUAUAUAAGCAAUGGGAAGGAUGGAAAGAAUCAGAUAUAGCGGAAGCAGGAUGAGUAAUGAUACAAAGACUCUGAGAUUCUAAGCAAAAAGAACCACACAGAACAUGUUGAUUGUGUAAUGUAUGUAGUGGCUUUUGUAGACUGUGUAAUGCAUGUAGUGUGGUAUUGAAAUGCCAUGCUUUCUCUUCUUA